GUAUUGUCUGGAAAGCGUAGCAGUAAUUAAAUUUUGCAUCGUCAUGCCUCGAAAAAAGCCAACAUUACAGCUGGGAGUCUACGGUUCAUUCGACAUAAAUCCGGAAAAAGCUGUAACAUCGUACUUUGAAUCUAAAUUGCAAACUGAUCUCAUUUUUAAAAAACCCUGCUGGGAUGUUCCACGUGAAGGUCUUCAACAUGAAGCUCUUGAAAAUGAACGUAAAUUCAUUGAAUUGUCUACUCAGCAAGAAGUUUUUCAGAAAAAAGCCGCCAUUCAGAAAAAAAUAAACGAGAAAAAAAUUGAUGAUAUGCAUGAUACGCAGUUACAGCUGAGAGAUAAAUUCAUCAAAGUCAAUGAUUUCAUUAAAGAAUGUGUUGAGAAAACUGUUCGAACAGAAACACAAAUUGAAAAAGAGUUAAAACAGCAAAAGAUGCUCAAUGAGGAAAUAAAAGAAAUUUCGAGUGAUCUGAAUGAAUUGCUUACGUUUGAAGAGAAGUUUAAAGGAGUAAUUAAAGAACUUCAGCAUUAUGAAAACGUUUUCAAUGAAGUCAUUGAAACUUCCGGAACUUAUGAAUCAUUUGAAGACCUUAUGAGUCGCAGUGAUGCAUUAAUGCUUGCACAGGUCGAAAUUGCUGAACGUGAACAAGAGCUUAUUAAAGACAUCGAGUUGAUCAGACAAAAGAUUUUGAAAUCUACAUUUGAAGCAUCUCAAAAGAUCAUUGAACUAAAUACUGAGUUGGCUAGGAUUGAGAGAACUUAUAAUAAUGCGAAAGCUGAAGCGAUGAAAUGGGAAAUAACUUUAUCGAGAACCAAAGACUACAUUGCAGACAAUGAGAAGGAAACCAUCACUCUUAUGGAUUCAAUACAACAUUUAUAUCAGUUGUUGGCUGAGAGAAACGAUGAAAAGGUUAAACUGAAGAAAUAUGACAUUUCUGGCCAGCUCGAUUACAUUCAUGAAGAAAUUGAAGUCCUUGAAGACAUUAUCAAGCGUGCUCAUCAUAAAAUGGCUAAAGAGGGUAUGAGUUUACUUGGCGAAGGCACGAAUCGAUUCUUAAAUCCUGACAAAGAAACAAAUUUGUCAAAUUAACUUUUUAAUGAUUCCAUAGUGUUUUUAAUCAGAUUACAGAUAGGAUUAAUGUAAGAAGCGAUAAGUAAGCAAUAUUAAAACAUUUCAAUCUCAUAACAUGGCUUUUGCACCUGAUGAUCGACUUUGUUUGUAAAACAUUUUCUUUAGUUUCUUUUUGCAUCAGUUUGCAAUUUUAUCAUUGACAUUUAAGAACCUUUGCUUAAUAUCGCAAUUUGUUCGCUUAAGCUCUGUGUAAAAGAAAUUGCGAGAGUUUUAAACCUUAAUAAAAGUUUAUUAAUACAUUCUUAGCUUCU